UUUGAAUUAUCACCGACCCUUUGGGCCACUUUCACGAUUCUCCGUUCAACCACAUUCAUAAUUUCACACCUUCAUCACGCAAAAUGUAACUCUCUCUCUCUCUCUCUCUCUCUCUCACACACACACACACACACACUCACAUACACACGCAACUUUUCUCUAUUCAUCGUGUUCGAAUCUCACAAUGAACUCGAUCAUGCUACCGGCGGCCUGUAUCUCCGGCGUCGUUACAUCCGUACAGCACCGAUCGUUACCGUCUUCAUCCUCACAGACUCUAGGUUUUCACCGGACGCAAUUUGAUUCUACUUUUUCGUCACGACGGUUUUCCGAUCGCGAUCGGAGCGGUUUGCCAGCUGUUCGUUCUGUUGCUGCUUAUUCGACUAAUUCUACAACGCCCAGAGAUGGAAUAUACACAGUUGCAGAUUUUAUGACAAGAAAAGCCAACUUACUUGUGGUAGAAACAUCAACACCUGUUGACAAGGCACUAGAGAUUCUAGUGGAGAAAAGAAUUACAGGCUUUCCAGUGGUUGAUGCUGAUUGGAAUUUGGUCGGUGUCGUUUCAGAUUAUGACUUGUUAGCGCUUGAUUCAAUUUCAGGUGGUACUCACAGCGACACAGCUUUGUUUCCUGAUGUUGAUAGUUCCUGGAAAACUUUCAAUGAGAUACAGAAAUUACUUGGUAAAACUGACGGGAAAGUUGUCGGAGAUUUGAUGACACCUGCUCCACUUGUCGUUCACGAAACCUCAAAUCUUGAGGAUGCUGUAAGGUUGUUGCUUGAAACAAAGUACCGUCGACUUCCAGUCGUCGAUGAUGAUGGCAAGCUGGUUGGACUUAUAACUCGAGGUGAUGUUGUUAGAGCUGCCCUUCAGAUCAAACAUGCUAUUAAGGAGAUGCAAUUAUCACAAGAUUGAUCGUUUAUAUAUACAUAUAUAUCAUGAUUUGGAGGUCAUUCUCCUAAUUCAACAUUCUUAUUUAUGAUUUGGAGGUCAUUCUCCUAAUUCAACAUUCUUAUUUAUGAAACUUACUGAGCGAUAGUUUGUGUCGAAUAGAACACGAUCAAAUUCUCGCCACUGCAGUGAAACCUGGUAGCCAUUUGCUGCAUAAGAGUGGGAUGAGUGAUUCAGCAACAUGAGGUAGUCUGUUGUAUUUGUUAAUAUGCUAUGAUACUGCAUUUAGUAACACGAUGUUUAUAACUUAUACAAAUGUAUUGGUAAAACUAUAGAUGUUCUUAAAACACAUAGAUAGUUACAAAACCCA